AUGGUGAGAACAACUAUCGCUUGUGCCCGGUGCAGGCGAUACAAGGUCAAAUGCAUGCACACAGGAACCCCUCCUUGCCGGGGAUGCGCAAGAGCGGGUGCUGAGGCAUGUAAUAAUUGUGUACUCUCUUUACCAGCUUUGACAAAGAAGAAAAGACAUCGGCCGGUGGGUGUGCCGGAUCCGACGACGGACACUUCCCGACCACAACACCAGACACUAGACUCACCUCUGGCAGAUGUAAUUUCAACAACAUACGAACGCAAUAACCAUCUGCCAGCGUAUAACCAGCUGGAGGAUUGUCUCAUCGAAUCCGGGCUUGUCCUUCGAGCCGGCAAUGUUUUUAAUGAAAAGUUCCCAGAGAUCCCUUUUUUGCAUAUGUCAAGUUUCAGAAAAUCAGUUAGGUCAUUGAUUGAAGAUGAGAAGCAAGGUCCCGAAACGCAAGCUGCCCAUAGCCGGCGAAAAUUUGGCCGGGCGACUGCUCUAUAUGCUGCUUUGAUUGCAGUGACGCUUCCUAUCAUCGAUCCCGAUAUGAAGAGGGCUGAGUAUGCCACACUCGCAAAGCAAAUAGUCUCGGCAGAUGAUGCUGCAGACAUAUACCAAGUGCAGGCACUAAUAGUCCUUGCUAUAUAUGAGUGGGGCGACGGGAAACCAUAUCGAGCAUGGAUUUACAGCGGAAUGGCUAUCCGACUGGUACAGCUCAUAGGGCUUGUUUUCUGUGGCAAACCUCAGCCGCCGGCAUUACCACUCGCAUCAAUCGAUACGCAUUGGCCUUCGCUCGACACGGACUUUGCAUUCGGUACAUCUGGGGUCAAAUCAUAUCCAGGAUUGAGUCUUGAUGAAUCUCCUAUAUUCAUUGUUGAAGACAUUGAAGGCUAUUUUGCUUUGCUUGUACAGGGUAUCGAUAUCUGGUCUGAUAUAUUGAAAUGGGUCGUCAGCGGCGGAAGGCGUCAUCCAGAUGUUGUGAUUUCAAAGGAAAUGCCGUGGUUAACACGAUCAAAUUGGCGAACAAACUAUCAAAGACUGCAACUUUGGAGACAGAAGCAUGGGAGCCGUAUUCGGUUCCCCGAUGUUGGCGUGGAUGGACAUGUCUCAUUACGAGGAGGGAACGCAGAAGCUUUUGCUUAUAUCAAUCUCAUCUAUCAUGUGAGUAUUCUCUUUUUGUGUCGAGAAUACGUUCCAUUUUUACCAACUUCGAGCUCUCGACCGUCUGGUCCAAUUGACCCUCCCCUCCUUGAAGUUCCAGCGCCCUCGGGGUGGUGGGAAGAACGAGCAGACGAGUUAUUCUCGGCGUCCUCUAAUAUAACGGCACUCCUCAGUGAAUUGAAAAGAGAGGGCGCCCCUCUCCUUACUCCCUUUGCCGGUUUCUGUGCCUUCUCUGCGGCAACAAUGAACAUCUAUGUCGCAUAUUUUCCACAAAUGAAUCUUGGGCGAAGCAGAGGGCGAGAGACAGACUUUGAGUUAGACCUGGCUUAUCUCGACGAGUUUCAAGCACGCUGGCCGAUGGGAGCUGGCUGGUGGGCAACUAUUGAACGCAUCCGAGAUUUAUACCAGCGAGCGAGUGCAGACCGAUCUAGGUACGUGGGUAAGACACGCGCAGAUUUCCAACACCUUGAGACAUCUGUCCAUGAUUGUACCGGGGCUUCACCGGGAGAUAAUGACGAAAGUGCAAUGCUUGGACACCAUGGACAUUCUGCUCAAGUUCAUCGCAGGUCGGAUGAUCCUCAAGCGGCUAUAAGUUUGCAACAAGCAACACAAACACGCAGCCUGAACGAUACUUCCUUACAAGCCUCGCAGGUUAUACCUGAUUGGAAUGAAUUAUGGUCUCUAUGGGGUGAUACUCAGUUGGCUGCAUUCGGCGUCGAAGGAAGUUCUUAUGAGUACUCAUUUGAUCUACAAGAUGGUAUCACACCAGUCUAUCAGUAG